AUGUACCAUGUGGAAGCAGAAAAGUACAAUGGAGGUUUUAUCUCCGCAGAGGGGAGCAAUGAGGAGCCAGAGCACCGAACAAAAGCAGCAGUUUCCUACCCUUGCAUCACCCGUCCGAUGGCCCAGUCUCGCACCAUGAACAUCAGCAGGAACUGCACCUCGGUGGGGAAUGGCGAGGGUCUGGCAGCCUUGGAGUCCGUGUCUAUAGUGACCAUCACGCUCCUCGCCUGCCUGGGGAACCUGCUGAUCGUGGUGACCCUCUACCGCCGGCCGUACCUGCUCACACCCAGCAACAAGUUCGUGUUCAGCCUGACCCUAUCCAACCUGCUUCUGUCUGUUCUGGUGCUGCCGUUCGUGGCGGUGAGCUCAGCUAAGAGAGACUGGGUGUUCGGGGUGGUUUGGUGCAACUUCACGGCUCUGCUCUAUCUGCUCAUCAGCUCAGCCAGCAUGCUCACCCUCGGAGCGAUUGCUAUUGACAGAUACUACGCCGUGCUCUACCCAAUGAUCUACCCCAUGAAGAUCACGGGGAACCGGGCGGUGGUGGUCAUCGUCUAUGUGUGGUUACACUCUCUGGUGGGCUGCUUGCCUCCUCUGUUCGGCUGGUCCUCCUUCGAGUUCGACUGCUUUAAGUGGACGUGUGUUGCUUCGUGGUCCAGGGAGGUGAGCUACACGGCCUUUUGGGUCAGCUGGUGCGUCCUUCCUCCGUUCUUCGUCAUGCUGGCCUGUUACAGCGUCAUUUUUCGUGUCGCGCGCAUGAAAGCUCGGAAAGUGCACUGUGGGACGGUCGUGGUGGCCCAGGACGAGACUAAUGGAGCUCAGAGGAACGGACGCAAGAACUCGAGCACAUCGACUUCCUCUCACGGAAGCCGGCGCAGCCUGGUGUACUCAGGGAGUCAGUGCAAGGCCUUGGUCACCAUCUUAGUGGUGAUCGGCACGUUCCUCGUGACUUGGGGGCCUUAUGUCGGGGUGGUGUGUACCGAGGCUCUGUGGGGACAGGGCAGCGUCCCUCAGGAGCUGGAGACUCUGGUGGCGUGGCUGUCUUUCUGCAGCGCCGUGUGUCACCCGAUCAUCUAUGGCUUGUGGAAUAAAACGGUGAGGAAGGAGCUGCUGGGGAUGUGCUUCUUCGACCGCUACUACAGAGAGUCGUUCGCCACGCGGCAGCGCACGUCCCGCCUGUUCAGCAUCUCCAACAGGAUCACAGAUUUGGGUAUGUCCCCACACCUGACUGCCAUGCUGGCUGGUGGAGGACACCUGUUGGCUCCUGGAAGCAGCACAGGAGACACCGGCUUCAGUUUCACCCAGGACUCAGGCACAGAUGUGAUGCUGUUAGAUAACUCCUGCACAGAUUGCUCCUCCCUCCCACUGCAUUAUGGGAAUCCGUCCACGAAAAGGAGGAGCUCAGUCACCUUUGAAGACCAGGUGGAGCAUUCUAAAGCUGAAACGUCCUCAGUCCAAGUCCACGCAGAGGUCCACAAAUCCCUCGACUUGUUCGCCUCCAGCUUAGCAAAGGCCAUAGAGAGCGAUGCUAAGCUUGCGCUGUUUGGGGAGGACGUGACUCAGCAGGGGGGGCUGUUCGUGACGAGGGCAGCGCAGAGACCCAGAUACCAGGACGGUCAGAGACUCAGACUGGAGAGCAUCGAUGAAGGGAUCGUUAAAGACGACCGGGAGGAGGAACACCAGGAUGUGGAGGAGAAACUCAUCUGAACACAUCAGGUCCAUAAAGAUAGAGGACCUCACAGCUUCAUAGCUCAGCUCAUGAAGUUCGGAUUCUCCAUACUUGAAGUUGUUAGC